AUGUUCCACGUGAAGGCCCAAAUGUGGGGUAGACUUUCGUCGAGGCGGGUGCUUUCCGCCUGGGCUGUUUUGUUUCUUUUAGGAGGGGAACUAGUAGGUUCGCCGAAAUCAUUUGCAGAGGGCAUCCUGAGGAUACUCCCGGCCAAGGACUCUAUAGAUGGCAUACUGGUUCACUUGCCAUAUAAGUUUAUAAAGCACAGGGUUUACAGCAGAGGAAUAUACUUGCACGGGAAUUUUGAUAACCUAGAUUCGGUGAUAAAUUUGGUGGAAAUGCAGAAGAAGAUUACCAACUUACAUUGCAAUUUGAGGAAGGAAAAAGGGGAAUUCAUCCGGGGGGGUACCACCCAUGGGGGUACAUCCAAGGGGAACGACACCGACGGGAAAACCGACCACGGUCAAACCGACCAUCGUCAAACCGACCACCGUGAAACCGACCAACGUGAAACAGACGACGGCGAAACCUACGACCGGGGGGAUGUGCUAAUUACGAACAACUGUGUGCUCUUUGUUGAUAUAAAAUAUAAGGACAACUUAAAGAACAUUUUCCCCUUCAUGGAUUAUCUGUACAAACAUACAAGUGCCACUGCGUUGGUUUUCCUUUGUGAUAAUUUUUUAUAUGACAACGAGUUAUACAACCCGCAUGAGGAUCUGAACACAACGAUUCUUCAUUCCAGUGUCUUAACCUACUUGGUGCCUUACGACUCCAUGAUAUCAUAUCAGCAGAAGGAUCAGUACCAUAAAUAUACCUUUGAAUUAUAUUGGGGCUUCUCCAAGAAGACUGAUAUUGUUCAUAUAAAUUAUCAUUUAGAUUUGGGAAAAUAUUUUAACUACACUUUUUUUCACUAUAUGAAAAACUUCCUUCUAGAUUUGAAGGAGCAUAUAACAUAUGAAAUUCAUUUUAGCAUCCACAAAAAUUUCACUAUCGACCCUCGCUUUUGCUUCAUCCGUGAUUCGUCGUACUGCAUAAGCAAACCUGACUACAUGAACUCCAAUGUUGUGCGGGAGGUGGUGGAACAACAAGUUCGAAGUUUGUGUGUCUACCAUUUAACCGCCACCGAGGAACAUGUUCCAGGGGAAUACGUUGCUACUUAUGCACCGAAGAAAAGGUUCAGCGAAAAAUUCAUCCAGUACAUAAAUGCCCUGUUCGAUUUUGAGUUCGAAAAGAAUCUGUGCUCCAAUGGGUCAAACGAUUUGUCAAAAAAAUGUUCGAACAUAAUUUUAGACCACUUGGGUGUACCCGUACAGGAAAUCAACAAAUGCUUUUUAAAAAAUUUCCAUACCUACAUGAAGGAUAUGAUAAAAAGCAAGUUCUAUGUUUACUCGAUACAGAUAAAUGGGCAGACUUAUAAGCUGAAACUGAACAAGGAUAUUAGUAUACGGUUAAUCUGUUCGGCCUUCCGUGUCAUGCCUAAACGCUGUGCAGACUACUUUGCGGGGGGUGUUUAUGGCACUUCCCUUGUGCGCAAAAAGAGUAAGAAGAAGGAGCUCGUAGCCUUCUACAUCCUCCUGCUCCUUGUGUUGUCGCACAUCUUGGGGACACUCCUUAACUACCUGGUAUCUUGCCACCUCGACAUGAUCGAGAAGAACUAG